CAGGUAUAUUUCUUCCUGUAGGAUUACAAGACAGCAACAGCACAGAACAGAACAGAACAGAACAAUGGAUCAUGCUAAUGACUUGGAAGCUCUCAACAAUGCCCUUUCAGGAAUUGGUGUGGAUGAGAAGGCAUUGAUAUUGAUUGCGGCGAAACCCCAUCCCGAGCAUACGAGAUCGCUCAGGAAAGGAAAUCCCCAUUUGUUUAGAGAGGAUGAUGAACGCAAUUUCGAGCAUUGGAAUAAUGACGCUGUUAAACUUCUCAAGCACGAAUUCGUUCGUUUUAAGAAUGCUGUGGUGUUUUGGGCUAUGCAUCCAUGGGAGCGAGACGCCCGACUAGUGAAAGAGGCCUUGAUGAAAGGGCCAAAUUCGUAUAAUGUGAUAGUGGAGAUUGCUUGCACCAGAUCCUCAGAAGAGCUGAUAGGAGCAAGAAAGGCCUACCAUUCCCUGUUUGAGCACUCAAUGGAAGAAGAGCUGGCCACUCACAUCCAUGGCCACCAGCGCAAGCUAUUGGUAGCACAUGUUAGUGCAUAUAGGUAUGAAGGGCUAAAAGUUAUGGAAGAUACUGCCAAAACUGAAGCCAAAGUGCUUGCAAAUGCCAUUAAAAAUGGUGACAAGAAGCAGAUUAUUGAAGAUGAAGAGGUGGUGAGAAUACUAACAACAAGAAGCAAGCCACAUCUCAAGGCCUUAUACAAACACUAUAAAGAAAUUAGCGGCACGAACCUUGAUGAGGAUGUUGCUGGUGACAUGAUCAUGGAAAGCACGGUGCAAUGCUUAUGCAAUCCACAAGUUUAUUUCUGCAAGGUUCUGGAUGCGGCACUUAAAGUUGAUGUCCAUAAGCAUGCCAAAAAAGGGCUGACUAGAGUAGUAGUAACCCGAGCCGACGUAGACAUGAAGGUGAUUAAAGAAGAGUUCAAUAAGUUAUAUGGCAUUCCCCUGUCCAAAAAAGUUGAAGAUUUAGCAAGAGGGAGUUACAAGGACUUGAUACUCACAUUGCUUGCAAGACAAAACUAAUAUAAAAAACAAAGACUAACCAGUGAGAUCUUGGAUUUCAGGCUUUCAGCAAGAUAUUUCCAAUCUGGGUUUGUUGAAAUGUGUUCUUCUGUUGAUCCUGCUUCAUUGCUUUGCUGUUCUGUGCAUCUAUCAGAGUUUGUAUUUGUAGAAAGACAAGUCCUGAAUAAGUCAUUGUUACAUUUUGAUUGAGUCAUCUUUCUUUGUUACCUUGUAAGAGUUGUCCACUAUGAAAAGAAUAGUAAUCAUUCUCACUCUACUUUUCUUCCCCACUAUUGGGAAAGGUUGGGGCAUGGAGGGAGAAAAUUUGUACUAUCAGCAACAUUUUCAUGAAUUCUAUAAAAUCCUUGUUUCUUAUGUAGUUUA